CGGCAAUGCCUCCACGGGAUUGCUUGCAGCUCAGUCACUUCUGGCUCUUUGUGUAACUUUUCGAGCUCUAUGGACGACGCUGUAUUACCUGAAGAAUGUCUUCAGAUCCUCCGCCUCCCCUUGCAAUCUUCUGACAGCCUCGUCGGAUCCCUCGCAGACACUGGCGGUGUACCGCAAUCGGAACAUAUACGCAAGAUCAUCGCAGCCAUCCUGUGGCACCGCAAGUUCAUCUUGACAUAUUAUGGAUGCAUUGUCGUCGCAGUUGCGAUUGCGGAGGGGGUUCGUUUCUACAAGAAGCAGAGAAGGAACAAAAAUGUCAAGAGAACGAUAAAACAUGCGGUGGUCGCAGCCAGCUCGUCGUCAUCAUCAUCAAGCAGUACGUUGAACGGGACAAGCACACCUUCGCAAAAAGAAGUCGGCUUCGACGAUGGAGAGAUGACGCCCUUGCUCUCUCCUCCAUGUCCGGCUUCUCGAACGAGACCAGCUGUUCAGGAUCUACUGAAGUCCCUCUUGAUGUUCCAGCCUCGACCCAUUCCAGCACUCACAUCUCCCUCGAAUACCCUCCCUAACAACGUCACCACCCUUGCCGUUCUCUUCUUCCUCGCUGUCAACCUCUUCUAUCUCUUCUACCGCGUCCCACUAUCACUGCCAUGGAUCUUCAUCCUCGCCGAUCGAGCUGGGCUGCUGUUCGUUGCAAAUCUUCCAGUUCUCUACUUCCUGGCCGCCAAAAAUAACCAACCCCUCAAAUACCUCACAGGAUGUUCUUACGAGGGUCUCAACAUCUUCCACCGUCGUCUUGGUGAAUGGAUGACUUGCUUCGCCGUCAUUCACAUGUGUGGGAUGCUUGCUGUUUGGUACACCAUCCUCCGGCCCUUGGGGUUUUCUCUGCUCCGUUACCUCAGUGCAAGACUUGUUUUUCUCGGUAUCUGUGCUGUGAUAUCUUAUUAUCUCAUCUACAUCACGAGCGUCGGGUGGUUCCGUCAUCUCUACUACGAAACUUUUUUGGUUGCACACAUCAUUUUCCAGCUCGCCGCCCUGAUAUUCCUUUUCUUCCACUAUCCUACAGCUCGCCCAUACGUGUGCACAGCGUUCGCCGUCUGGGCCGUUGACAGACUCCUUUGGCGCAUGACAGUGUCGUCUCGAAGAUUCACUGCAACACUAGAAGUCCCUCCUGAUGGCCACACUGUUCUGGUCCAUUGCGACGUCCCCUUAUACCACCAAGGACCGCCAAUUGUGGGUGUACAAACAAAUCUGCAUCACGGAUGGCGUCCCGGUCAGCAUGUGUUCCUCACCAUUCCCUCCAUGGGCUUCAAAUACCGUUUCCAAGCGCACCCUUUUACGAUAGCUUCCCCGGCGCCACCGGAAAAUGCAGCGGCCAUAAAAUCAUGGCCUCUCCAACUCACGAUCCGCGCAAUAGACGGUUUCUCCCUUUCCUUGCUCCACUACGCCCGCCACCAUCAACACUGUGAAAUCGUCCUCGAUGGCCCAUACGGCAGCACCUCAGUGCUAGCUGCAGCGAAAGCGGCUGAUCGCGUCUGCUUCGUUGCCGGAGGCAGCGGCAUCGCAGUUACCUAUCCGCUUUCCUGGGCGAUCCAUGUCCGAACGGGGAGCAACGCAGAUGCCGGGCUCCUUCUGAGCACAAGGACCACAUACGAGAACGGGGUGAAGAGGACACCAACCGUGAUUGCAGAUUGUUUUCCGUGGGCACCGGACUCAACGUACGCGCAUUUCUGGGUAAGGCAGGAGAAGUUGCAUGGACGGUGGAUCUGCACAGUGCCGCGAGCGAGCGCGGUCAAGUCAGGCUACAAUGAAGAAGAUGCUCACGAGGCAAUGGACCGUCCCGCCGCACAAGAAGGACGUUGCGACGACGCCGGGAGUUUAGUAACACGGACCUUCGACACAAGGUCUCCCAGCUGCGAAGGUGGCCGGCCAGAUAUGCAGAGCGAGAUCUACAGCUGGGUUACGUCCCUUCCCUCCCCGCCCUCGGCCCGCGCGCCUGGAAUUUCUUACUCCUCUUUGCCACCAUCAUCCUCCUCGUCUUCCACCACGCUGGAGGAAGACCAACCAGAUCCAUCCCCUACUUCAUCAUCCUCCCUGCUGAGCCCCCCAGCGCUACAAAGCCCCGACGCCAACUUCAGGAACACAAAAGACUAUCCAUAUCCACAAAAGGAUAGAGAUACGACCCCGGGCAGGAAGGGGGAUAAGAUCUGCAUCAUCGUCUCCGGCCCAGACGGCCUAGUGCGCGACGUGCGUAACGUCGCGGCCGAUCUUGUCCGACAAGGAGGCUGGGACAUUGAAGUGUGGGCCGAGAAAUUCGGAUGGUGAGGCAAGGGGGAUGGUGACGGGGGGAUUCAGGGUGGCCAAAUGGGACAUUAUGGCGUGUAGGAGGAGCGUCUGAUGAGCAGGCUACUCUUGCUAGCCUCCCACUCCUUGGAUACGCAGAAGAAGGCUUGCAUUGGGUUGAGGUGGUUGGUUGGUUGAUUGUUCCGGCCGGUCGGCGCUAGAUGUUGGUUUGACAGAUUUACACGGGAGCAACCUAGACAGGUGUGUAGAGGGAGGGCGGAGAAUGGAAAGAAAAAUAGAAUCCAGAAAAUAAAGCUAUAGAUUGACGCAGGGAGAGGGGACGCGGUAGUUUGUCUUGCGACUUAUCGAUCAAAUCAGUCAUCAAAGUCUAGAUAUCAUAUUGCAUAUGCCUGUGCUCAUACGCG